AUGGAAGAAGCACCUGCGGGGCCACAGUGGGCUCUUUACAGUACCGUGGAGGAAGUGCUACGGAUUGAGGGAGUAGAUGCUACUGAACAAAUGACGCUAAACGACUUCAUCAGGAGAUACGUUGAUCCCAAUUUCGUGCUCGAAGGCCGCAAUGUGAUGAUGGGGGUGUUUGCGCGUAGGCCUGUGGAUUUCAUCAGUGACGAGCGGCUCCUUGGAAGAAUUCUUAAUUCACCAGAGUACCAGACAGAGUGUCAGCGCCGGGAGGACGCACGCAAUCUACAUGCGGACGCACGUAAUCUACAUGCGGACGCACGCAAUCUUAUAAGGCAAGGCGUGUAUUCUCUCGGUCAAUGGAAGGACUUUCAUCAGAAGGGCAUCGUUGCUGCUAUUACAAGGUCAAAACUCAACGCCGCCCUUGAGGUGGCGGAGGUACUCGAAAGGGCGUGGCGGGUGAAGGAAUUGCCAGACGGCCGUUGCCGGAGGGCUUCUACGACUCUGUGCUCAAGGCGAGGUGGAGCCACGUCUUGGGGUUUCCCGAGGGCGAAGGGGAGGA